UGAAAGGGCUCUGUUAAAACUCCUACAGGACCUCUCUGAGGACACACCAACCCUCACAACAACAUUUACUACCGUUGCACUUCAAAUCGGAUUUUAAUUUAAUACAAACUAUACAACAGAUCUACUACACUGAUGAUAAUAUGCAGAUUUUUUGGAUCCUUCUUAUGGCUGCUAUUUGUGCAGAGUCAGUCUCUGCAGUCUACACAUCUCGUUGGCAUUUAACUCACGGCCGUCAGUUAACUCUGGAUCUUCCUGAAAGGACAGAGAAGUUAGAGUUUACUUCUGCUGAUGAGCAAGAGCAUUCAAUUAUCUGGGAAAAGAAAGCAUUUACUCUCUGGAAUAAACCUACUAAAGGCCAAGUCUUCAGCGCCAAUGAUGGCUGGACCUACAUAAUUAAACAUGUCACCUUUGAUGAUGAAGGAACCUACACCCUGCGCAAUUACUGGAGUUCAGUUGUAUCUAGCUAUACACUGAAGGUCGAUACCAAAAAAGAAAUAAUUAAUCGUGUCGCAGGUGAAACUCUCACCAUACCUUUGGAAGGACUCAAGCAGAGUGAUGCCACUCUUCGCUUUUACAGCAACUAUUCAACUGUCACCCUGGUGGAAAGCGGAGUACCUGUGGGCAGGAAGGACCCAGACUACGCCAACCGGCUUAAAGUAGGCAACGACAAGAUCCAAGUGCUCAAAGUCAAUGUGUCAGAUUUGGGCAGGUACGAACUGACCGAUCACAAAGGCCGAUUCGUCUCAAACACUACGAUGCUACUUGUUGAUCACCACGAGUUCACUCCUAAUAAAGGUCUUUUAGGUCUUCUGCUGCUUGGCAUUCCUACUGGCCUUUGCUAUUGCUGCAGGAAGAGAAUCUGCAAAUGCAGGAACACUAAAACACGUAAUACACACACAGUGCAGUCCUACUCCCUUAAUCCCAUACCUGAGACUAUACCACCUAGCAGCACUGUGAUUGAUCCUGCAGGUCCUGAAGGCCCUGGCCAGGGCUUCGCUCCUGUAUAUCCCCCGUUUCCAGACCAAGGUCAAAUUCAUUACCCUCCUCAACCACAGUGGAACGGACAACCUGCUGUUCCUCACAACCCUGGCUUUAAUCCUGAGUAUGUGCCUCUGAAUCCUGUCUAUCCUCCUAAUGUUGGACCUGGAGCUCCCCCUGCUCAGCCUCCGCAGUACAAUGUUCCUCCCAGCCAAUAUAAUCCAUCUGCACCUGUGGGCUACACUCCAGUGAUGAAUAGCGCUCCAACUGGGCCAGAGUUGAAGAUGAAUGAAUUGUCUCCUGCUGCACCACUGCUCAUGUCUGAGUCUGCCACACCCACUUUUUCCAUCGAUGUCCUCAACUCCUCAGACACUGGUGUUCAGUUUACCAUUGACAAAGGAAAGUCUUCAAGCAAUAACUUCCUGUAGUCACUCCAACUACCUAUGUAAUUAAUAUUCCAAACUACCUAUAAUAUUAAUAUUACCUAAUAAGUCCUAAAGCGCAAAAGAAGAAACAAAACUCUUGGGAAUAUUGAUUAGAUUCAUACAAAAUCUAAGCCUUUUAAACAGAGUUUUUUUUUUUAAUCCUUUCAUAAUAUGGAAGGACAGGUAAACCAUUGUUCAUUUGUUCAACCUUUAUUUUAAUAUUAGUAUCUUAAUAUUAAUCUUUACUCAGAACAGAUUGGUCAUUAUUGGUCAUUAUCAAUGUGUAAAGAGCAAUGUUAAAUGACAGUUUCAUGGCUAAAAAUACCAUCUAUGCCUAAAUUAAGUUCUUCAUUGCCAUAAUAAUGGAAAUGCAAGACUUCUUUUAUAGGAAUAUUCCAGGUUAAACUCAAUCAACAGCAUUUGUGGCAUAAUGUUGAUUACCAUUCUUUUCUGUACUUCUUGGUGUCAUUUACAAGGCUACCUCUAGAUUUUUAUCAACAUGCAGCAAACUGUUCAAUCAUAAUCUUCCCAUCUGCCUUAGCACUUAAAUCUUAUUUGCAGUCAUUUUUAUUUUCAAACAUACACCGAUCACUUUAAAUGCAGGAAACUAGAUGCAUCAUUUUGGCAGGGUUGUUGGUGAGAAGAUAACCAUAUUUUGCCUACUUUAUUUUUUAACGUAGUCAGAUCUAGUCUCUCGAGAGGCUUAGAACUGAAUAGAAUAGACUUCUAAAGUCUUGUAACUUGUUUAAUUGAAAUGUAGUAUCUGUAGUUCUAGAGAUGCUUAAACAGCAUCACUUAAACCCCAAGAAUUAGCUGAAUAUGUGAAAAUAUACGUUACAGUUAAUUUUGAAUUUAAAAACGUGAUUAUCUAUAAAUGUUAAUAUACACAAUACAUGUUACAGUUUAUGCAUGUAAAUAAAUGCAGAUAUGUUAGUCUAAUUCAGGGAUUAUUUCAACUACCACGAACAGCCUGCCGGUAGUUACAUUUGCCAAGGGCACUUACAGUGAUGUUAGGUGGCCUUUGAUUGUAAAGUGCAAUAACAAGUGCUGCAAACAACAGGGCAAUUAUACUUGAAUCCUAACUAUGUAUGUGUGCAGAUUUUCAGUUCUAUUUAAAUAUGUAGUGGCAGAUAGUGGCAACAUUUUGACAUCUAUAGAGUUUGCAUUUACCGGCAUAUUGAUUCCUCACAUUACAACUUGGCAUUUUCCAAACACUCGAAGGGUCAUUCCAAAUGAAAGAAAAUAAUUUUUUCACUAGACUGUUAGCGAGGAGUACAUACACACAGUAAUGCCAUCCUUCCUUAAGAGUGCCUACAGCAAGAGCUCUGUCCUUCGGAGUGAGCAGGGCAAAGGGAUGAUCAAUUUCUAUUGGAAUUUGCCCUUAGCUUGAUAUCAAAACAGAUUUGGAAACAUUAAAAAUACUAAAACAGUAGAAUAAAUUUUUUUUAUAUUUAUAUUCAUCCCAUGCACUGUAACAGAAAUAUCUCAUGCUUAUGUAUUUCUAUGUGCACUGAAAAUUUCUCUUGUAGAUUAUUAUUACACAUUCUGUUUCUUUUUAUAUUUUGUUUAUGGCAUCAGUAGUCAGCUGCCAUUAUUAUUUAUCUUCUUAUAUGUCAUAUGUGGUUGUAUGAAACUAUAGUUACUUCUGUUUGUUACAGUUGGAUUGUAUGAAUAAAGAAUGACAAAAACAUGACUUGGUAUCUUAAUGAAAA